AAGAAAAAAAAAAUCUGCUCCACCCACACCCACACCCACACCCACUCGCCUUUUACCAUCAUCUCCAUUUCUUCCUCCUCCUUAAAGAAUCCUACACUCCUCUCUCUCAUCGAAAACCCAACACACAGCUGCCCUUUAUAAAGAACAACAUUAACUCCUUAAUUACGAAGACACUGUUUGAUUUGGUCCAAAAUCGAUUGUUUCUACAAGCCGGCGACCGAAGAAGAAACAAGAAUUAGUCCACUUUUUACAGCUCCGCGAAUUUAACGCCAUUCAGUCGUUGUGUAAUAUAGUAUUUCGAGUUUGUUAUGUUGUCUAAAUCGUAAGAGCAGUUCAUAUCCGAAACCCAUUUUGUUUCUUCGAGAAUAAUGCGAGAAAGAUUGGGAGUUUUAUUGACGGUGGGGUCGCCGAUCUGGGAAUCAUUGUUAGCUGCGAUUUGAUGGUGCCGGUUACUUCGCCGGAGAAGAUUCAACACAUUUAAUGGAGUUCAAGAUUCGUUGUAGGAGUAAUGGUAAUAGUAGAUGUGCUGUUUUUUCCAGACGAAAAUGUUGGACUGAGCUAUUACUUCUACAGAUUCUGCUACUCCUGGUAUUUUUGGACAUCAUUCAAGCAAAAUACAACGAUAAAGAAUUGCAGUGGAGAGAGCCAGAAACGGGUGCUGAAAAUGUUGCAUCACAUUCUUGUAUUCAUGAUGAAAUAAUUGAACAAAGAAGAAAGAAACCAGGAAACAAAGUUUAUUCAGUCACUCCACAGGUUUAUCAAGCUCCUGAUACCUCAGAACCUCUUCACCACACAGGAAGGGCAUUAUUGGAAAUUCAAAAAGUUUCAAUUUUGCCCAAGAAUGCAAAGCAACCUAUCCGAAUUUAUUUAAACUAUGAUGCUGUGGGUCACUCACCUGCUAGAGACUGCAGAAAAGUUGGGGAUAUAGUGAAAUUAGGUGAACCCCCUGCAGCUUCUAAUUUGGGUACACCCUCUUGUAAUCCUCAAAAUGAUCCACCAAUUUAUGGAGAUUGCUGGUAUAAUUGCACUUCAGAUGAUAUAGCAGGGGAGGAUAAAAGGCAUCGCCUUCGAAGGGCUUUAGGGCAGACAGCAGAUUGGUUUAGAAGAGCUUUAGCUGUUGAGCCUGUAAGAGGAAACUUGCGGUUAAGUGGUUACUCUGCAUGUGGUCAAGAUGGUGGUGUUCAACUCCCUCGUGAAUAUGUUGAAGAGGGUGUUGCGGAUGCUGAUUUAGUUCUUUUGGUGACCACAAGACCGACAUCUGGCAAUACACUGGCAUGGGCCGUAGCAUGUGAACGUGAUCAAUGGGGUCGUGCAAUUGCAGGGCAUGUGAAUGUUGCCCCUCGCCACUUGACCGCAGAAGCCGAAACACUACUUUCCGCUACACUCAUACAUGAAGUGAUGCAUGUUCUUGGAUUCGACCCUCACGCCUUUACACAUUUUAGAGACGAGAGAAAACGGAGGCGAACUCAGGUUACCGAAACUGUAACGGAUGAAAAACUUGGAAGGACAGUGACACGUGUCGUGCUCCCACGCGUUGUCAUGCAUUCACGCUAUCAUUACGGGGCAUUCUCCGAGAAUUUCACCGGACUCGAGCUAGAAGAUGGUGGAGGCCGUGGGACUUCAGGAUCUCAUUGGGAAAAGAGACUUCUGAUGAACGAGAUCAUGACUGGUUCAGUUGAUACAAGAUCAGUAGUUUCAAAAAUGACAUUGGCUCUAUUAGAAGAUAGUGGUUGGUAUGAAGCAAAUUACAGCAUGGCAGAUCAUCUUGAUUGGGGACAUAACCAAGGAACCGAGUUUUUAACUUCCCCUUGUAACCUAUGGAACGGGCCCUACCAUUGCAACACAACACAGUUAACAGGGUGUACAUAUAACCGUGAAGCUGAGGGUUAUUGCCCAAUUGUAAAUUAUAGUGGUGAUCUUCCUCUGUGGGCCCGUUAUUUUCCUCAACCUAACAAAGGUGGGCAGUCGUCAUUGGCUGAUUAUUGCACUUAUUUUGUAGCUUAUUCUGAUGGUUCGUGUAUAGACACUAAUAGUGCAAGGGAGCCUGAUAGAAUGUUGGGUGAAGUGCGUGGAAGUAACUCAAGGUGUAUGGCUUCUUCGUUAGUGAGGAAUGGAUUUGUAAGAGGCUCUAUGACACAAGGAAACGGUUGUUAUCAACGAAGAUGUACAAAUAACACAUUAGAGGUUGCUGUUGAUGGCAUUUGGAGAACUUGUCCUGAAGCUGGUGGACCCAUUCAGUUUCCUGGUUUUAAUGGUGAACUUAUCUGCCCGGCAUAUCAUGAACUCUGUAGCAUAAACCCUAUUUUGACAUCCGGGCAGUGCCUGAAUUCAUGUAACUCCAAUGGUGACUGCAUUGAUGGAAAAUGUCACUGUUUUAUCGGGUUCAAUGGCCAUGAUUGUAGCAAACGAUCCUGCCCAACCAAUUGUAGUGGAAACGGGAAGUGCCUGAAAAACGGUAUUUGCGAAUGCAAAAACGGAUACACUGGGAUCGAUUGCUCAACCGCUGUUUGUGAUGAACAAUGUAGUCUUCAUGGUGGGGUGUGUGACAACGGUGUUUGCGAAUUCCGAUGUUCCGAUUACGCGGGUUACACAUGUAGAAACACUUCAAAGGUUCUAGAAAGUCUGUCGAUUUGUAAAGAUGUGUUGAUAAAUGAUGCAGAAGGGCAACAUUGUGCACCAAGUGAAUCCAGCAUAUUGCAGCAGCUUGAAGAAGUGGUGGUGAUGCCAAAUUAUCAUCGAUUGUAUCCAACCGGUGCUAGAAAAAUUCUUAAUAUUUUUCGAGGGAGAAACUGCGAUAAAGCUGCUAAAAGAUUAGCUUGUUGGAUAUCAAUACAGAAAUGUGAAAAAGACGGUGAUAACAGAUUGAGAGUGUGUCAUUCGGCAUGCCAAGCGUAUAAUUUGGCGUGUGGGGCGUCGUUGGAUUGCUCGGAUCAAACUCUUUUUAGUGAUGAAGGUGAAGGUGAAGGAUUGUGUACGGGUUGGGGUGAAGAAAUGGAUUCAUGGUUUUGAAGUAAAAUCUUUUGUGUUAAUGAUAUUGAUUCCUUUUAAGGGAGGGAUCUUUGUAAAUCAUAGGCAGUGUU